CAAGCGAAAAUGAAAUCAUUCAGUGCCUCCUGUGUCAUUUUGUUCGUUUGUGCCUCGGCCGCUCAGGCCGGUCAUCUUGGGAGAGCUCACUCGUACGCUCCGAUUCAUCACCAACAGCACGCUCAAGUGAGUAGCGCGCCGCACCAUGGACACAGUGUGUCGACCCACUACGCGGCGGCACCUGUCGUUGCAGUAGCCGCGGCUGUGGCCCACAAGGAAAACCCGCAUGUAGCGGCGGCGCCAGCGCCCGCUCCUCAGCCUCGGCUCCACGAGAUCCACACUUCGUCCGGCCGUCAGUUCAUUCGCAUCGAGGAGUACGCUCGACCCAAUCAAUUGAUCCGUGUCCACGAGCAAGAGCAGGCCGCCCCCGAGAUCAUCAGGGUUCAAGCUCCCGCGGAAAACCCUGCUCUCAUCCGCGUCAUCGCCAAGAGUUCCGGUCCGGCCCACAUCGAGCGUAUCGUGCACCGAGCGCCUUCGCCCCAGAUCAUCAACGUUCACAAGCCGGCGCCCCCUCCAGCCAGAAUCGUCCAAGUCGUCCGAGGACCUGCGGCUGCUCCUCGCAUCGAGUUCCACUACGAGGAGAGCCCGGCUCAUGAGGUCCACAUCGCCGAAGCCCCCGCUGACGUCCCUCUUCCAGCUCCAGUCCCGCACGUGAGCCUGAGCCCUCAACCGAUAACCGUGAACUUGCCCGACAACGGUCACGUGCAACACGCUCCGGUCAAAGUGACCACUCACACUUUCGCUGCUCCAGCGAAUUACGCCCCCCACCGAAUCCACACUCGCGUCAUUGAGUCCUCUCACGCUCCUGUGCACGCUCAGCCCUACAUAACGGUGAGCGCCGCACCCGCACCAAGCCAAAAGCAGGCCCCGGCGCAACAGGGCUGGUCUGCCAACGAGCUCCCAUCCCCUCCUCCUCACCCCCGACCCAUCGGGACGGUAUACGAUGCUGGAGACCACAUCAAGAUCAUCAAGAAGAGCCAAUAUUGA